AGUCACACUUGAUAAACUGCUAAACAACCAGACAACACAACUGCAAUAUCUGUAUGAGCAUGCCAUUGGGAAUAUCUAACAUGCUGUUACUGCUCAAUGUCAUCCUCACCCUGUGGGUUUCCUGCACUCAUGGACAAGGAAGAACAUGUGAUUUUCCAGAGAUAAAACAUGGAACCAUCUAUGAGGAAAACAGAUAUAAACAAACCUUCCCCGUUGACACAGGGAAAUAUUUCUACUACACCUGUGAUCACAGCUAUGUCUCUCCUUCACAAUUACUCUGGAAUAAAAUAACCUGCACAGAGAAAGGAUGGUUACCAAGCCCAAAGUGUCUCAGACAGUGCUUUUUCCCUUGGGUGGAAAAUGGUCAUUCUGCAUCUUCAGGACAAACACACCGGGAAGGUGACACUGUACGAAUUGUGUGUGACACCGGCUACAGCCUCCCAAAUAAUCAGGGCAGCAUUACAUGUGCAGAAGGUGGCUGGUCCUCCCCUCCUAAAUGCAGUCGUGGCUAUGUUUCCUGUGAGAAUCCACCCAGAGUAGAAAAUGCUAUUAUACGAAAUGAGAGGCAUAGAUAUCAAAACGGCGAGAGAGUACGUUAUGAAUGCAUCAGGCCGUAUGACAUUUUCGGGGAGGAAGAAGUGAUGUGUUUAAAUGGAAAUUGGACAAAACCACCUCGGUGCAAAGACUCUCAAGGAAAAUGUGGGCCUCCCCCAGCAAUAGACAACGGAGACACCACCUCAUUCCCAUCACAAGUAUAUCCUCCAGAAGCGACCGUUGAGUACCAGUGCCAGUCCUACUAUGAGCUUCAGGGAAACAGACGCAUAGUGUGUCGGGAUGGAGAGUGGUCAGAACCACCAAAGUGCUUAGAGGCAUGUGUAAUUUCAGAAGAAAUGAUGAAAAAGCAUAACAUACACUUAAAAUGGAGACAUGAUAAAAAACUUUAUGCUAAAACAGAUGAUACUGUUGAAUUUCAAUGUAUACAUGGAUAUCACCCAACAGCACCAGAGUAUACAUUUCGAGCAACCUGUCAGGAAGGAAAACUGGCAUAUCCUACUUGUGGAAGAAAAAGUGGUUAAAAUGUAGUUGUGAAUUUGAAAUACGUACAUAUGUUCAGAAUUUUUCAUUGUUAUUCCAAUUCUCAGUUUCUUUUAUCAAGUAUUGUUUAACUUAUCUUUAUUCAUAAAUCAAAUUUGUGUUAAACAUUAUGGAGAUGAUGUAAUUAUAAUCCGAACCAAUGAAUCACUUCUUAAAAGCACCUCAUUAAAACUUGGCAAACCAGUUUUUUAGUUUCCAUAUAUAUGAGUUAGCAUACGGUAUUUGUUUUUCUCUUUCUGGCUUACUUUGCUCUGUAUGACAGACUCUGGGUCUAUCCACCUCACUACAUAUAGCUCCAUUUCAUUCCUUUUUAUUGUUGAGUAAUAGUCCAUUGUAUAUAUGUGCAACAUCUUCUUUAUCCAUUCAUUUGUUGGUGGGCAUUUAGGUUGCUUCCAUGUCCUGGCCAUUGUAAAUAGUGCUGCAAUGAACAUUAUGGUAUGUUUCUUUUUGGAUUAUGGUUUUCUCUGGGUAUAUGCCCAGGAGUGGGAUUCUGGAUCAUAUGGUAGUUCUAUUUUUAGUUUUUUAAGGAACCUCCAAACUGUUUUCCAUAAUGGCUGUACCAACUUACAUUCCCACCAACAGUGCAGGAGAGUUCCCUUUUCUCCAUACCCUCUCCAACAUUUAUUGUUUCUAGAUUUUUUGAUGAUGGCCAUUCUGACCAGUGUGAGGUGAUACCUUAUUGAGGCUCUGACUUGCAUUUCUCUAAUGAUUAGUGAUGCUGAGGGAAGAAUAAAUAUGCAGAUGCAGAGAAUGGACUGGAAGACACAGGGUUGGAGGGGGCGAAGGGGAAGCUGGGACGAAGUGAGAGAGUAGCAUAAGCAUAAAUACACUACCAACUGUAAAAUAUAGAUAGCUAGUGGGAAGCUGCUGUAUAACAAAGGGAGAUCAACUCAAUGAUGGGUGAUGCCUUAGAAGGCCAGGACAGACAGGGUGGGAGGGAGUCGCAGG